AACCGCGACAUACACAUUUUUUCCCCCCCCACAGAGAAAGCAGCACGAUGGAGGUGUGCGGCUCUUCAAAUGUUACUAUGAGGGAGUUUGGAUGUGAACAGAGUUUGUUGUCUCGUCCUGACGGUUCAGCGUCCUUCAUUCAAGGAGACACGAGUGUGUUGGCUGGAGUGUACGGACCAGCCGAGGUCAAAGUCAGCAAGGAAAUCUACGACCGGGCAACGCUGGAGGUGCUGAUACAGCCCAAAGUUGGACUGCCAAGUGUAAGGGAGCGAUCGCAGGAGCAGUGUGUGCGAGAGACCUGUGAGGCAUCUCUGCUCUUGUCCCUUCAUCCCCGCUCCUCCCUCACUCUCAUUCUUCAGGUGUUACAUGACGACGGUUCACUGCUGGCGUGCUCUCUGAAUGCGGCCUGUAUGGCUCUGAUGGAUGCAGGUCUGCCUAUGAGUUGCCUGUUUUGUGGAGUUACCUGUGCCAUCGACGCAGACGGUCGAAUCAUCACGGACCCCACAGCAGCACAGGAAAAGGAAAGUCGAGCUUUAAUGACCUUUGCAAUCGACAGCAAAGAAUGCCGAGUGUUGAUGUCGGAUACCAAGGGAUCGUUUUCAGUUAACGAGCUGCAGCAGUGUAUAGCAGUCAGUCAGAAAGCGUCACAGAAGAUCUUCCAGUUUUACAGAGACUCCGUCAGCCGGCGAUACUCCAAAAACCUCUGAUGAAGAAGAUGAUCUCGGUUUUUCUUGUCUUUUUUUUUUUUUGUCUGAUUUUGUAAUAAAUCAUAGAGAAGUUGCUUUGGGCUUCAUCUUGUUCAGUUCAGAUGUGUGUAGUGAAGCUGUGGAUGAUGUGAUAUGUGGGUUUUUUUUUUGUAAGAAGACCACAUUGAGCUCGAGUCUGUCGGGGGGUGUAAAAUAAAAAGAGAGACCUUGAAUGUCAAACAAGUGCAUUUAUUGGGAUUUUCUCUCAGUUUGAUAUUUACAUGUAAUACAAGGAUGUCAACUGGGUUAAAAACGGAGUACCUCUUGUAUUAAUAAAUCUAAUUUUACCAGA